UCCCCCAUCACAGUUCCGCCGUCCCUCAUUAGGUCACUUACCCCGUCGCCGGUUCGAGUUUUUUUCGCAAAUACAUAACAAAGGGGAAUUUCCAAUCACCACGACGCGUUGAGGAACGCAUCAUUCUGUUGGAAGUCCCAGCUGAGAUAUCUCAAUAGCUAUGGGCGGCCACGCUUCCGGCAACGCAGCUUACGAUGCUGCGUUGCAGAGACGCCAAGCGCUGAUGGGCGCCAGUGGUGCCAGAGCUCUACUCAAGAACUGGAAGGUUGCCCGCAUUGCUGCUUUCGCUUGCAUUGGAGGAGUUUUAUAUGGCUACAACCAAGGAAUGUUCUCUGGCAUUUUGGCCAUGCCAUCUUUUGAAAAGCAUAUGGAAGGAUAUACCAAGAACCAAACACAAAAGGGAUGGUUGACAGCCAUUCUGGAACUCGGUGCCUGGGUUGGCGCUGUUUUAUCUGGCUUCAUUGCUGAAGUAUGCUCCCGCAAAUACGGUGUACUGAUUGCUACUGGUGUCUUCAUGCUUGGUGUUGUUGUACAGAUCACGUCCAUUUCCGGUGGCCACGAGUCCAUUUUGGGAGGACGUUUCGUCACGGGCAUGGGUGUUGGAAGUCUGUCGAUGAUUGUACCCCUAUACAACUCCGAAUGCGCACCACCCGAGGUUCGAGGCGCUCUUGUCGCUCUGCAACAGCUUGCUAUCACUUUCGGAAUUAUGAUCAGUUUCUGGAUUGACUAUGGUUGCAACUACAUCGGCGGCACAACGGAGGCGACACAGUCCGAUGCGGCUUGGCUGGUACCUAUCAGUUUACAACUAGCUCCUGCUGCCCUCCUUUUCAUUGGAAUGAUAUGGAUGCCGUUCUCACCGCGUUGGCUGAUUCACCACGGCCGUGAAGAGGAGGCUCGAAGGGUUCUCGCCAACCUUAGGGAUCUCCCAGAGAACCACGAACUGAUCGAACUCGAGUUUCUUGAAAUCAAGGCCCAGUCUCUCUUUGAGAAGCGCAGCACUGCCGAGCACUUUCCUCAUCUCCAAGAACUGAAUGCGUGGAACACAUUCAAAUUGCAAUUCGUCGCGAUCAAAGCCCUUUUCCAAACCAAGGCCAUGUUCAAGAGAGUCAUCGUAGCAACGGUCACAAUGUUCUUCCAACAGUGGACAGGAAUUAAUGCAGUUCUGUACUAUGCGCCUCAAAUCUUCGGACAGCUAGGUCUCAGCGAGACAACUACCAGCCUAUUAGCUACAGGUGUGGUUGGUGUUGUAAUGUUCAUUGCUACGAUUCCAGCGGUUCUUUGGAUCGACCGUGUCGGUCGUAAGCCAGUUCUUACCGUCGGAGCUAUCGGCAUGGGCACUUGUCACCUCAUUAUUGCUGUGAUUCUUGCCAAGAACAUUGACCGUUUUGACCAACAGCCUGCCGCUGGCUGGGCGGCCGUUUGCAUGGUCUGGCUAUUUGUUAUUCAUUUUGGAUAUUCAUGGGGUCCCUGCGCGUGGAUUAUCAUUGCCGAGGUGUGGCCUUUGAGCACACGUCCCUAUGGUGUAUCACUCGGUGCUUCUAGUAACUGGAUGAACAACUUCAUCGUAGGACAAGUUACCCCCGAUAUGUUAACAAGCAUCACGUACGGAACCUAUAUUUUGUUCGGCCUCUUGACGUAUCUUGGAGCAGCCUUCAUCUGGUUCAUUGUUCCUGAAACCAAGCGCUUAUCUUUGGAAGAAAUGGACCUAUUGUUUGGCUCAGAGGGGGCUGCCGCUGCCGACUCUGAGCGCAUGGAGGAGAUCAACAAUGAGAUUGGCCUGAGUGCGGUGCUAAAUCGCACAUCGCCUAAUGAUCGGCUCUCUCAUUCGGCCGACCUAGAGAAGACUGAGAUUUAGUAUAGCUGCCACUGAUAGUCUCUGAGUCCAGAGAAGGGAUUCACUGGCGGUAUGGUAAAAGCAUCUGAAUCGUGGUUCGUCAGAGCAAACCCUGUGUAGUUUCUUCGGAGCUGGGCCUGGUUUCAUGACCUUCUUAUCUAUCUCGUUUUGAAACUAGAUUGUAAUUUAACGUUGGUGAUUCUGGGAGUAAUCUGUAAUUCUUGAAGGCUUUUGUUAAAGAAGAAGAAGAAAGAGAAGAAGAUUGCUUGGGUGGCAGGCAGGCCGAUUUCACAGUCUAUCCUGAUUAUGAUUAUCACAAGAUAUAUGAGUGUUAGGUCCUGCCCACGUAAUUAACAGUAUCGUUUUAUUGCGUGGCAGUUAUAAACCCAGCUCUACCGACUUUAUGCCACAAUAGUCAAACUUUAAAGUACAUUAGCAGCG